GCGGCGCCGCCCCCCCGUGACGAAGCCGAACGUCAGCGCGCCGGGCGGGAGCGGGGCGGCGGCGGCGGCGGCGGCAGCGGCGGGGCGGGCACGGCGGGCACCGCCCGGGAAGCAAGAUGCCACCGUCCCUCCCUGCCACCAUCAACAUCCGGGAGCCCCGCUGGGACCAGAGCACCUUCCAGGGCCGGGCCAAGCACUUCUUCAUGGUGACCGACCCCCGAAACUUGCUGCUCUCAGGGGCCACGCUGGAGGAGGCCCGCCGGGUGGUGGAGGACUACAGGGCGGGCACGGUACCCCCAGGGCUGACAGAGGACCAGCUUUGGCGGGCAAAGUACAUCUACGACUCGGCUUUCCACCCUGACACGGGUGAGAAGAUGCUCCUCGUGGGACGCAUGUCUGCCCAGGUCCCCAUGAACAUGACCAUCACUGGCUGCAUGUUGACCUUCUACAGGACCACGCCGGCCGUGCUGUUCUGGCAGUGGGUCAACCAGUCCUUCAACGCCAUUGUCAACUACACCAACCGCAGCGGGGAUGCACCCAUCACCCCCAGCCAGCUGGGGACAGCCUAUGUGAGCGCGACCACGGGGGCAGUUGUCACAGCGCUGGGGCUCAAAUCUCUCACCAAGCACUUGCCAGCCAUCAUCGGCCGGUACGUGCCUUUUGCGGCAGUGGCUGCUGCCAACUGCAUCAACAUCCCGCUGAUGAGGCAGAGAGAGCUCAAGCUGGGGAUCCCGGUCACGGAUGAAAAUGGGAAUCGCCUGGGCGAGUCCACAGCCGCAGCCCAGAAGGCCAUUUUCCAGGUGGUGGUGUCCCGCAUUGGCAUGGCAGCCCCGGCCAUGGCCAUCCCCCCAGUGAUUAUGAACAUGCUGGAGAAGAGAGCUUUCCUGAAGCGGUACCCGUACCUGAACGCUCCCCUGCAGGUCGGCCUGGUGGGACUCUGCUUGGUGUUCGCCACCCCACUGUGCUGCGCGCUCUUCCCGCAGAAAAGCUCAAUGCCUGUGGGCUGUCUGGAGCCUGAAGUCCAAGCUCGGAUCCAGGAGAAAGACCCACAGCUGGAGACUGUCUACUUCAACAAAGGGCUCUGAAUGGGGUUCCUGGGGGGCCUGGGGUGGCCAAGAUGCGUGCCGCAGAGCUGCCAGGCCAGCGCAUUGCUGAGCUUUGCCCCUCGGAUCCCUUCAGGGCCACUGCCACUUUCCCUUGGCUGUCGUGUGUUCGUAGGUCCCAGGCGAUCCCAGUCCUGCUUCUCAGGAUGCCCGCAGCCAUGCAGCACCACACGGUGCCAAAUCCUGUCCCCGUGUCUGGGCUCAGCCCCACUCUGGGGACCUCCUGGCUGGCACCCCUGUGCGUCUCCCAUGCUCACCCUGUGUGUAGCUGUGUGCGGUGCACGGGGGACCACAGGCAGCUGCACCAGGGGCCUUGCAAGCAGGGGUGUGGGGUGCGGAAGCAAAUGGUGCUCCCCAGCCUUAGGAGGCAGUGGACAAUCACAGCAACUGAGGGUUGAACCCCUCUGUGCUGAGCCCCCACUCUCAUUGCCCAUGGUGCCGGGCACCCAUGUUACCCAGCGGUUUGGUGGCUGGCCCCUGGGGACGGCAGAGUGGCUCCUGGAGAAGAAACCCCACCCCCACCCACCCCCAAAAAAAACCCCAGAGGUGAGUGAUUUCAA